CUUCAAUGUUCCCUGGCUUUAUUACUACUGAUUUACGCAUACACAUUACAGCGGAGUUCUAGCAUGGUCCCCACACACUCACACAUAAAGUGAGGGCUGGAAGCAUUACUUUGAAUACUGACGGUCUUCUUUCUCUCGACUAGCACGGAAAAGAACAACAAAAAGACGAAUGGCCAACUCUGAUGCCUUUUUCAGCACGCUGGAAAGUAGACCUCGUCAUCGUGGACCACCUCCUCCACCCAAUUCUGGCAAUUUCCCUCAUAGAGACGGCUCUGUAAAUCGCCUUUCGCGCGUCUUUGAACAUGAACAGCAACCAGUGCAUCGAUCAUACCGACCAGCAUUACCGACCAAACCUCCGUCGCUCCGCAUCUCGUCCACCCACGUACGUCACAACAACGAUUCCCAAUUGCCCAGUCCAUCAUCCGAGUCACCAGCUAGUACAGCCACCAUUGCCACUUCAGUGACGAGUUUCCAAUCCCAGGAAGACAAUAACAAAAACAAUACGAAUAAUAGCGACAUUGAUCAGACGCCGCUUGCUUUUGCUGACAUUCGUGCCCGCUUCCAGCAAAAAGAACAGCACCCGCCACCUGUCUAUCCAGCACACACAAAACGGCCACAGUCGGUCUACAACACCACAAAUAAUAGUAAAAAUGAUAAUAAUAAUGCUAGCAGUAUGCGGCGGUCCCAUACCAACACUACUUCGCCGCCACCGGUGCCAAGCAAGCGGGUAUCACAUAUACGCAAACCUGUAGCGCCAAGACCCCUUUCUUCUACUACGGAAGAGAGCAGCAGCAACGGUAAUAACGGUGCAGCUAAAACAGGCUCGUUUGUAGCCGAGUUGAACAAACGACUCGAACAGGCCGAAAUAAUCGACCAAGAUUACCAGCAACAACAACAACAACAACAGCCUCCGCAACAACAACAACCGUUACCACAGCAGCAACAGCACCAGCCAGUUGCCGUCUCUGCUUCCGCACGGCCACCAAGCAUCCUCCGACGACCCUCGUCUUCUCCACGUUCCUCUGCACUCCGAAAAACCCGCAACAACUCUUCCGAUAGCAACAGCACAUCCAACCUUCAUAUACCUGUGAUUGCUAGGACAGGCACCGGCAACAGCACAACCUCCACAUCUUCUGCAUCCUCAUCCUUUCUGGAAUCACCGUCCAAACGCGCAUGGCAGUAUGGCAAUGCUCUAUCCAGCUGGUUUAACGGUCAGCAACAACAACAACAGCAGCAGCCAAGUCUCAAGGAUUCUAUCACUGUGGUUUCUAAAGAACCAAGCGAAUACUCGCUUCCUGUAUCUCCUCAGUUAUCCGGAAACAAUAACAUCAAGCAAGGAGGAGGAGACCGCAAGAUGAAACGCUCCAAAGUAAUACAAGAACUGAUCAUGACCGAGAAGGCGUAUCAAAACGACAUGUUGCUGGUCAAAGAAGUCUACUAUGAUCGCGCCUCCUCCCCCUCUUAUGGCUGUCCUCUCGACAAAUCCGAUCUCAAGAUAUUGUUUUCAAAUCUGUUGGAUAUAAUCGGUCUUGAAGGCGAAUUCGUGGAUUUGUUGGGUUCCGCUGCAGGUGAUGGUGGUGAUGACGAAAACGAUAGGAUCGGUAUGGCAUUUCGACAGAUGAUGACGCGCAUUGAUCAUAUUUACUGCGAAUACUGCAAACGUCAUGAAGAUGCUGUAUUAAGACUGCAGGAACUAGAUAGCCACCCUGAUGUACAGCAGUUUUUCAAUGAAUGUCGAGAACAAAUGCAAGGAAAAACGACGAGUUGGGAUCUAGGAAGCAUGUUGAUCAAGCCUGUCCAGCGAGUGUUAAAAUACCCAUUGUUAUUACGAGAAAUAUUCCUAUUAACAUCAGCAGAACAUCCAGACCAUGACGAUUUGGCGGCAGCAACACAAGAAAUUCAAGAAGUUGCAGACCAUAUCAAUGAGAUCAAGCGACGAAAAGAUAUUGUCGAAAAAAUUGUGGGCGACAAAAAGAAAACCGAAAUCAAUGUAUGUGUUGUCUUACAAUACCAUGGUAUUAAUAAGAAGCUGACACGACGCGCACAACGAUUCAAACAAGUGACAGGUUUCUCAGCAGAAGCAACACAGGACGCAUCGUUCGACGCAUUAUACCUACGAUUUGAAGAACAGCAGUUGAUUGCUCAACAAUUAGCUCGUGAUGUUCAGGGCUGGGUACGGCAAGUCAAAAACCAUUUUGAGAUGCUUCGUGUGUUUGCCGAAAACGCAGAAGUUGUAUAUGGUACCUGGGGCGGUGUUCGAGUGAAAAGUAUGGACAGUAUCCGGGAUUUUCAUCAAGCGGCUACGAUGUUUGCCACAGUUAUGGCACGGGAAUUGGAUACCAAGAUUCAGGGCUACGUCUUCAGCCGGAUUGACGGCUUCCUCAAAGUCUUUGAAAACCCUGCACAAGUGAUCAACAAGCGUGCUCAAAAGCUAUUGGAUUACGAUCGGGUCAGAGACAUAAAAUCCAAAGGCGACAUUCCCGACAAAGCACUCCAAGACUCGGCUGAUGCAUACGUGUCAAUCAACGCUCAACUCGUGGACGAACUACCCAAGUUCUUCCAGCUUACGUCGACUUAUUUUGACAUUUUGAUUGGCGAGUUGACAUCGGUGCAAACAUCCUUUUACGAGCAAAUGACACGUGAAUGGUACAAAUUAGUCCAGCGCCAUUAUACGGUGCACGACUUGUCGACGAAUACCAUUAUGGCCGAACAUAUCGCCAGCAUGCAAGCUGUGGGUAGUCUGAUAUAUGAUAUUACCCCAUUGAAUAGAGAGCUAUGGGAAUCUCUGCCAGGUGCAGUUCCAGAAACGCCACCUUAUGCAGUAGAUGAUGCGAGUAGCAUAAAUGGCAGCAGUACUACACGAUCAACAAUAGGCAGUCCACAUGAUAAUUACUUUCCAUAAUUGUUAUCCGCCAACCAAAACGAUCACUACUUUGUAAAUACUAAAUAUAUGA